CAGAGUCGCUCCAGCUACUCUAGACUCUCCAGUCGUCCUGUGACUUUCGCGUAGUGCGUUUGCCGCGCGUUCGCGGUUUCCCUAAAAAAGUUUCUCUCAUGAGCUAGUGUCCACAGUUGUUUAGUUUUCAAAGUGAAUCGCCCUGCACCAGGUGAGGAAGCCAUGAUGACGUCACGAGGAGGCAGUUCCAUCGCCACAGCUCUCGUCUGGGCUGCAACCGGGCUGCAGCUGCUUUCACACGGUGAAAGCAGACCAAACACAUCACCCUACUAUGGCAGUAAGGUGGGAACUUUCAAAAGUUUCGAGCACAAAGUGAAAGGAGAGGUGUUCGCGGUCGACGAGACCACCCUCUUCAUCAAGGGCUUCACCUAUGAUGGAACUGCCCCAGACGCGUACUUCUGGGUGGGCAACACACAAAGACCCUCCCCUGAAGGAUACAUUGUCCCCUAUCCAGAGGAUUACGCUGGAAGAGAUCCACCGAUACUGGGAAGAUUUCACAUGGCCGACGUAAUACUAAAAUUGCCGCAAGGCAAAAAAGUCAGGGACAUUCAAUGGCUUGCAGUAUGGUGCCGGCGAUUCACUGUGAACUUCGGCGACGUGUACAUCCCGCCCAACCUGGACGUGCCGAAAGCACGGGUGUUGCCCGAAUUCCGCCGGCUGGCUCAUGGACUCCGCUCGGGCAACAUCAGCGUACUCGAUGCCAAGACAUUCUACAUCCCCAACCUGCACUACGACGGCGCCGGACCCGAUGCUUACUUCUGGGUCGGCAACGGCACCGAACCCUCACCGUUGGGCAUCAAGGUGCCCAAUGAGGUUGGCAGCCUGGAACCGCUAAGGGGCUACCAAGGAGAGGACAUAGAGAUCCAGCUGCCCGGUAACCUGACCGUGUAUGACAUCGACUGGCUGGCCGUGUGGUGUGUGCAGUAUCGCCACAACUUCGGCCACGUCAACAUCCCCAAGGACCUCGACGUGCCUCCCGCCCUCGGACAGACCAAGAUCACUACGAGUUCAACGCCAGCCACCGAUAUCGUGGGCUUCUCGAUGUCCAACUGUCGCGAGAUGCUGGAUGAGCGCCUGCAGGUGCAGUGGGAGAUCAUGGGCGACUACGUUAUGAUUGCACUGUCUGCAAGAAUCAGGGAGGACCAGUAUAUGGCCUUCGGUCUCAGCGGCGACAAUGGAAGAGCGACAAUGGUAGGCGGUGACAUAGUGGUGGCGUACAUGGACAGCGACAACCACACGUACCACGCGGUAGACUACUACAUGUCGUCGACGGCACAGUGCGACGGAUCGGGAGGCGUCUGCCCGGAUGCCCGCAUCGGAGGUCGCAACGACGUCAUCACGGAGAAGGGCGACCGCCGCAACGGCGUCACCACCGUCGUCUACCGGCGUCUGCUGCAGACCAACGAGCCAAUCAUGGACAGACCCAUUCCGGCGCGCGGAGAAGUCAGCGUCAUCGCCGCCAUUGGGCCGCUCAACUCCCGCAAAGAGGCCAAUGCGCAUGCCAUACCUGAUAAGACUACUGACGAUAUGAGGAUUGACUUCAGCGUGCAUCAUGACCAUAACUGCCCCAGCAGCCUAUACGAUCUGGCUCCCGAAGAGAAUGUCGUGCCCUGGAAGCCGAAAAUUAUCUCCAUGGAGAAUGUGUUUUCCGCCAGGAUUGGACCAACCGGUGGAAAGAAAGGCUAUACACCAAUCACAGGACAUCCAUCCUGGGGAAUAUCGUGGUGGAUAAACGACUUAAUGAUUCCCGAAAUUUACGUCGAGAGAGGACAAACCUACACAUUCUUCGUGGAAGGAGGGAAUGAUCAUACAAACCAGGCCAGAUACCAUCCUUUCUACAUCACAGACAGCUCUGAGGGGGGAUUCGGCCAACGCACCGAGGCUGAACAGAAGCGACAACGCGUCUUCGCUGGGGUCAACUAUGACGCUGAAGGAUAUCCCUAUCCAACUGCAGCUGGCCGCUACUGUGAGUGGACGCACACGACAAUAGACAUGUCAUCGGAGAGCGAGACGUUCGAAGACUUCUUCAAGACGCUGCGUCUGAGCUGCGUGCAGGGUGAGCCGGCUGUACUUAAUUGGACGGUCGCCCCUGAAACACCUGAUCUACUUUAUUACCAGUGCUACACACACACGAACUUAGGCUGGAAAAUCCACGUCGUCGAUCCAGGUAAAAGCAUCAAAAGCAUCAGAAAAAGUUCGUCAGCGUCCACACUGUCGUCAUUAACAAGUUCAACCGCAACAAUAAUUGUUCUACUUAUACCAGUUCUCUUAUCGGUGUUAACCAGGUGAAUUCUGUUACUUCGAUCAAAUCUAAUCACGGUUCAUGAUAUCUACAAUCAAAUCCGGCAUCAACACGGAUUUGUGAGAUUGUAAAAAGUCGAUCUAGGUAAAACUCCGAUUAAUUUUUUGCUCUCUUUGGCAAACUACCAUUAAAGAUUGAUGAUUGUUUAUUGACGUAUGAUCAAUGAAUAUUCUUUAUCAGUCAAUGAUAAAUAAAUCUUUUAUCAACUUAUGAUAGAUUUCAAGUUUCAUGACUACAGGGUUUUUAUACGAUUCAGAACCUGCAAGUUAAAGCUUGAUCUCUAAUAUCGUGCCUGCAGCACUGCUCGAUAGUGGGAAACUACUUUAUAAUGGUCUUAUCUUCUCUACGCCCUAGUGGUUCGGAAUCUAACUACAUCUAGAUGGUGAGUUUACUAGGUCGUCUGUAAUUGUAAGGGCAUUUCUCGCUAUCUGAAAUCAUCUUAGCUUGCAUCAUGUUUUCUAAACAGUGAAGGGUUUCCCUGAAAAGUCUCUGAACCCACAUGAAAUUGUAUUCAACAAACAUUAGAAAUUGCAAUAAGACAAAAUGAGAGUAGGCAAGCACUCUUGCAGCUAUCAAGUCUGUACAACGAUGAGAGUCAUAACAAUAAUAUACACAGUGUAACUUCAUUCAUCCCAUAAUAUAAAUAAUACAUUUGAGAUAACUCAAUUAUCAAUAAACAAUACAAAAGUUAUUCUAUUUGAAUCCUCUAAAUCACAAGUCAUUUUUAUUGACUUGUUGAAAAAUUAUCACAAUUAUUAUUCUUAAGACUGGAAAAUUUUCUCUAAAAAUUGUCUAAAAAAAGAUUCCAUUGCUGAAUUCAAAUUUGAUUUAGUUGGUAAAGUAUGUUAUGGUUAUCUGUUUUCUGGAAAGUAUGAUGCCACUCAAAAACUAAUUAACUAUUAAUAAAAUAUUCAACAUGAGUUGACCAGUUGGAAUGGUGCAAUUAGAACUCACAUUUAAAUAACACAAUUUGAAAUAGUAUAAUAUUCGACAACUCUAUAACAAGGAGUUUUUGUCUAAUCUACUCUAUCAGUGAAGGAAUUGAGUCUUUAUUAUCCAUGUAUCUAACUAUUUCUCAAAUUUUAUUCUUAAAGGAUUUCAAAACAUCAUAGAAAAGAUCAAUAAGAUCAUAACAUACAAUAAGAUCACUACAACAAUAUCAUGUGUUGCCCGCUGAGCAUUAAUUUUGCUGGAAUUGUUGAUAAUGAAGAUUAUUCCUCUCUUUCACUUCUAUGGGCCCAAUUUCUAUUUUAAUAAUAACAUUCUAUUUGAUUAUUCAAUGAUGUGCAACAUAAGAUUCAAGGUUGAUUCCGAGCCACCGGCAAGUGAAUCCAAUAAUAAAAAGAAGGCAGGUUUAUAAGUUUUCAGAAAGACUUUCUUUUGUAAAUUUAGAGUUGCUUAAUACAGAUGACUUGCAUAUCUUGUGAAAAUAUUAUUAUAUGCUUAGUCAAAUUAGUUGUGGAUGUCAAAUGAAUACUAAAUGGAUGUUGAAAUGUAUGUUUUAUAGGAAUACUACUGUAUCAUAUUUUUCAGGGUUUUAUCACUAAAUCUAAAAAUUUUUGUUAAAAUACUAGAAAUCACUGUUUUUCUGAUGAAAGCACUUUGUGAAAAAUGAUCCAAUCUUCAUAAAUUCUUGUCGACCAUUUUUGGAGAAAGGGUUAUGAGAAGUUAUUCAAUUAUAUUCACAGAUGGUUGUCAAAGACUCAAACAAACUGUUUCACAUGAGAAAUUUUAAUCAAACAGCAUAUCAGAUAACCAUCUAUCAAUAGUAUCUGCAAAAUGAGAGCCAUUCAUAUUACAAAGACAUUCCUGGCUUUGGUUGUAGAUGAGAAAGAGGUCUAGAUAGAAACUUUAGAAGAUUCUUGUAUAUAAUACAUUAUUGUAUUUUUGAAAAUAUUUUCGUUCACUUCAGUAAAUUAUUUAAAAUAAUUAGAAAACAAAAAUCAAAAUUUAUUUACUGUCAGCUUAGUACUCUGAAGACGUCUGCGACUGCAAAUAUAUUGACGACGACGGGGAGAAUAGCUUGAAGGAAAUUAGCAGAAGGAUUCAGAGUAGUUGAUAGUACAUCAAUUUGAAUUUCCAUUUUAUAAUUAUUAUAGUAGGCUACUCAUUAGCAUUCAAGAGCUUGCAAAUCGUGCUUAUUUCAAUCAUCUUCUUUCAUAGAAUCGUGCUCUCAAUUUUUUUUCUAAAGGUAUCCUAAAUGUUGAAUGGAAAUGAUUGUAGAUUUCAUGGAAGAACCGUAUUGAUGGGACGUAUCAGACAGAACACAUUGAAAACAAGUUUGAGAAUAUCAGUGUAAAACAUAUCAUAGGGUGGAAUAGACAAAACUGAUUGCUCUAUGAUUAGGCUUAGUUGGACUAAGAUUAUUGAAUUAAGUAGUGAAUUGCAUAAUUGUUAUCAUGAAAGAGUUAGUUAUUUCAAUUUGUUCUACCUUCUUGGUUGAAUGCAUUAUAGACAUAAAAUAAUAUUAUUACUAUUAAUCGAAAAAAUAUUGGGAAGUGUAAUACAGUGAUUAAUUUAUUAUUUUGUUAUAAAACUGGUUGUACUGUAUAUUGGGAGAAAAUAUUCGCACCCUUGGAAACCCAAUAGCUAUGUACAAUUCAGCGAUUUCUUUGUAGGAAAAAAUUGAUAGACGAUAAUUAUAGUACAUGAUUUAUAAAUAAUUAUUUGGUUAUAGAAAUGUUAAUAUUGUACCAAGAGGAAAAUAUUAUUAGAAUUGAGCCGACACUAUGAUAUCUUUUUAUACGAAAUUCUAUUGCAUAAAUACAGUACCGGUAUAGAGUAAGCAAUAUGGAUAAUAGAUUUAUUAUUAUUUUAUCAUUGACACUGCUAUCAUUACUGUACAUUAAACUUAUCACUGUAUUACAUUGAAGCAGUCCAGGGACAGUGAUUGAAGUGGUGAACAAAUUGAAAUUGCAAAUUCUUUUCACAAUAAUUUGGCAAAGCAUUGCCAAAUGAAUGACCGUAACUUCAUAGCAAAGCUUUGAUUUAACAUAACCUAUUAGUAGAAGUCUGUUUCAUAACGAUUAAGAGUAUCCUUAUACCUGUGAUAGAAUACAGCAGUCAUCGCACCAAACUUAUUAAACUAUAAACCGUGUUUAGUGUGACAGCAGCUUAUUCCUUGACAGGAGGGAACGCUGAUUUUUUGAAGCAGAGGUAUCAACAAUAAUAAGCUUAUGUUGCAUCAAUGUUUUGUCAGUAUGAAUGGGUCUUGAUGGAGGCUACAAUAUUCAAAACAAUGUUAUUUGUUUAGAUUAUAAUAAUUUAGAUGAGUAACGUAAUGCAAGGAGCCCUAGUGAUGUGCUUCGUAUGGACUACUCUGGAAUUCUUCUGUACUGUAAGACUUUAACAAAGGAAGAAAAAUGAGAUCAGCUGUAUUGAAUUUUGUAUAUUGCGGCAAUAUUGUUUGUUCAAGUCUAUUACAUGAUGAGAAAAACUGCGAAAUAAAAUAAAACUGUAUACAAUAUUGAGCUGUAGACUCAGUUUUGGGCAGAGAAUUUGAGAAUAUGAGCUACUUUGCUAAAUACCUUCCGGUAUAUUUUUCAAAAUAAUAUUUGGGUAUUGAAACUCUUGCUAAUUCAAAAUUAUUAGGUGAGAGACUCAAGACAUUGAUAGAGUAAUUCAAUUCGAUUGAGAUUUGACAAUAAAUGAUGGACUGACAAUACACCACUUGGUAGGGCCUAUAGCCUAAGUGACGAUUAUUCUAUUAAAUUUAUACUUUUGAUACGACAUACCAAGAUUGAAUUCAUAUGUGAAAUAAACACUUUGCCAUUUUGAGAUACAAUAAUUAAUUACCAAGACAAUACAAAAUGAAUGAAAUAGCCUACUAGUACCAAUUUUCACAACCUAGUCUUAUUCUAUCGAUGAAUGCUCAUGAACGUGUUCACUUGAAUGCCUUUGAGUGCCUUUGCUGUUAAUUCAAUUUCUUGGAUACCGCUAGGAUAAUUUAUGGAUGCGAUGUUAAGUCUGAAUGAUUUAGUUUACAAUAAAAAAAUAGUACAUUAUAUUAAAUGAAUAACUCAAACUAUACAGAGUGGGUGAAAAGUCCGAGAACGGCUUAAUAUAUAAUACACAAUGAUAAUUUGACGGUGGGUGUGAUUG